GUCUGCUUGUGUAUGUUGUGUUUGUUUAUCUGAACUUGGACCCAGAGCACACAGAGAAUCCACAGAGACUAUGUCAUCCACUCACCAGCCAUCAUCUCAGUCAGUAGGAAUUUGCAGCUUUGGAUUUCUCCUUUAUAAAAGCUUUUUAACCAGGUGACCAGACCCCUAAAAAACAACGCACACAUACAGGGCAGGAAGUCAGCUUAGAACAUUUCUAGACCAACUGCUGCAGGUGCCUUACUCGAUCUCUCGGCAAGGCCAGCUGAAAGCACGAUGGAAGUUACAGGAGCUGCCUUUUGGCUGUUCCUUCUGUUGAGCCAACUGCCACUCAGUCGUUCUGAAGGCUUUUCAACUGUACGGAGCAAAACAGGAAGUAAAGCUGGAAACGCAGUCCCUGCCACGGAGCAGGGCCCCAACACUACUGACCACAUAGGCUCUUCCCUUAAUGACGCAUAUGGCAACUGCUUGAUUGACACUCAGAUGGGUCUCAUUGCGGUUGGUACAGCAGGAGGCCUGAUAGUCUGCCUGCUGGUUGUUAUUGUGGUGCUGGCAAGGCAGGUUUAUCACAUUCAGCAGCGGGUUUCUGCACCACGAACCUCCAGGUCCAACAUGGACUUGGUCAGCAGUACCGGCUACUGGGGAAUUGAACAGGCAGAGGUCAGAGGACUGGUUGGACCUUGUGAUGCCAGUGUGAUGCUCGAGGAGGUGAGAGAAGAGAGCACUAUGGAUGAAGGAAGGCAGGCUGAACUCAGAGAGCUAAUCACACCAGUUGGAACGGGCCUUGAGGAAGACAUGGACAUUCAAAUGCACAGCUCCAUGCCCAGCGACUCUUGUCUUGUGGUUCCUAAGGACCUAGAGGACAUGCCGCUUGUUGUUUAAAGAGGUAAUCAAACCAUUACUCUUAGAAAGAAGCUCAUGGAGCCACAUUAGAGCCUCGGUGGUACAGAACACAUUAAAACAUGUGAAUGAAAUAAGUGAACAAAAUUACACAUGUGAGAAUGCACCCAAAGCCAGCUAAGUAAUGAGGCUCAAACCCAGACCUACAACAUUUAAUACGUGAUAAUAAUUAUUUCGAAUUACACACAUCGUAUUUGACAGGUGAGCUGACAUCAAGGCCAAUGUUGAACGAGCGUCUUUAUCUAUGUUUCAGGUGAAAUUAUCCAUAAUCAUUAAAUGUCUAACACACAUUUUUACAUUCUAGCUCAGCAGGUUCAGCAUCUACUGCUUGCUUUGAAUCUCAUUUUUUUUGCAUAACAGAGCUGAUAAUGCGUGGAAACAUACAUUUUCCAUAUGAGAGCCUAGGAGCGUGUACAGCUAAAGCUAAAUGCUGAAGUGAAGCUUGGUACAGUGAAUUUAAUGCACAUCUGUGAACCACGCAAUUACUGAAGGACUCCUAAUGUGAAUUCUAACUUCUUGUUUGUGUCAAUAAAAAGGAUGCAGUUAAAAAUAAACAUUUUUAAUAAGAGUUUUUGCACUGUUUCAUUGUUUCAUGUAUUAUUUCAAUAUACAGAAUAGAUAAUCUUUCUAUCACUGAAGGUGUCGUAAUCAGAAAGUUAAUCAAUCUUGUUAUUGUUCUCAAACAUGCAUAAGCUUAUUAAAGUCACAAUUGUGGAUGGGGAUUUUUUGUUUGUUUGUUUGUUUGUUUGAUAGACAAUGGUUAGAGAUCAAACCUUGUGCUUUGUUAAACAUUUUAAUACAUUGAACACUAUAUUUAGCAAAGCAGACCGCAAAGCAGCGCCGUCAUCGGUUUCAAAAGCCACACUUCCUGUAAGCCAGGCUACAAUUCGUCUUUCAGUCAAGAGCAGCUCUUCGUGUCUUUACGUCCUGACUUAAGACAAGUGUGGCUGAAGAAUUCAAGUCCUGGUGCUUUUCACUAGCUGUAUUCUGCAACAACACAGCUACUGUAACCACCGUUACCCGUGUAAAGCCAUUGGUGAGUAUGUUUAAAUUAUUAUUCACUUCACUAGACUUACAAGCACUGUACCACUUGCUUUGUAUAUUUUGUGUUGGCCCAGGAACCAAUAAUGGGAAGCAUUGCCUCAAAGCAUAUUAAAACUGCAGCCUGUCAAAAUAAACAUGUCUCUGCUGAGUUAAACUGAACCAUAAAUGCUAAGGAUGUAUUUUCCUGAAAUAUGUUUAGGAAAUUAUGCAGUUUAAAGCAUUACUUUUCUCACCGUCCCUUCAACCAUUUCCUUAUUAGUCAGAUUAUAUGCUGUGCACAUUUGACAGCCUAACGUCCUCUGUUCUAGCUGCACAGACAAUGAGGGAAGAGAGAAGAAUGACUGUGUGUUCUACACCACUGCUUUUAAUGUGGCUCCUGCAAGUGACAGCAAACAAUGCAGAGGCAACCAUCCUGGAUCACAGCAGCCCUGCUGAGAUGGCAGGCACAGUAACAGGGACCCCAACAGAUGGUCAGAUGAAAACAAGGAAUGCAUCCAGUUCUUUUCCAAAGGAUUUGUAUAGCGUCAUGCCAUCCAUCACAGCAAAGACCAACUCACGCAAUGAUCAAACAGUAACAGGUCCAACCAAUUCAACAUUACCUCAGUUAAAGCCCUCGGUUAAAGAAGGGACCAUGAAGACCAUAACACAAGAGCCAACUCAAAGCAGAAGAAGAACAGCAACAGGAGCUGUAACCAAUCUUACCAUUAAACCAACCACAGGCACAAUAGUUCCUCCCAUACUAAACAAUUCAAUGCAAGAACAAAACACAAGCAAAACCACAAGCUCACAGCUCCCCAGUCAUACCAAGAGGCAAGCGUCUACAAGGCCUGCAUUAUCCACACACCGCACCUCUACUACAAUCACGGGUACCAAGCUUGCCAGCCCAGUACCAAUACAAACAACCGUGACAAGUAGCUCCACAACCGUGAAAAAGAAUCCAUUCCGAGAGAUCAAAAAGACAGGGAAAGUCCUGCAGCAGAAAGAGAGACCAAACCAUGGUAGGAUAGCUGCAGGACUCAUGGGAGGAGCCCUGAUGGUGAUGAUAAUCGGGUUCUUGGUCAUCUUCUUUAAGAAAAGGAUGCUUCAGAAACAACAGAUAACCACAACAGACUGGGCAGGUCCUUCACCGUUUCUAGACAGUGUGGCCGAAAAUGCCGUGAUUAACCAAAUGUCUUCUAACCAAAUUUCUCUAGGAGGUGUCCUGCCUCAGAGGCUUUCCAAAAGGCUGUCCGAGUGGCAAGACAUGACAGGAGACACUACAUUCACAGAUAAAUAUGAAGGGAUUAUCUUUGGUCAAGAUGAACAAGCAAGCAAUGGGCCUGCAGCAGGCAUUCCAGGAAGUAACAGCACAGGGGAUGACAAAGAAGACGCUGUUUCAGUGACCUUUGCACAAUCUAACAAUGCGGUCUCCAGAAAUGCAGACUCUGAGGCAGCAGGGCCUGGUCAGAACCACGCUCUGGUAUAACAACUGAAUGAUGGCCUGACAACCCCUCAUAAAUCCAGCAGACCUUUGUCUUUCAUUGGGUUCUCUUCUUAGACAUGACGAGGAAGUUCACCCAGCAUGACUUUAUAGACUGCAUUUAGUCAUGGUCAACUACACUUGCGCAAUAAAUCUAAGAAAAGCAAAACAGGACAAAAACUAGUCACAUAUGCUCCUAUCUUCUCCAAACUCUGUCCAGCUGUUUCUAUGGUCAUACAAUAACAUAUAAAAUGAAGACAUGUUUAACAGAAAGGCUAUUUUACUGUUGUCCUGAUGUGCCUUUUAGCUGUGGGUUGUUCCUGGGGUGUUUCCAUGUACGUCACUGCCAUUGGAACCUUAAAUACAGGUUUGUCCUAACAAUGAUGAGAAGACACUGGUCUGCUAGAGUUUACUAGGUGAGUCUGCUGGUGGGUUUGCUAGUGAGUCUACUGGACAUGGUUUUCUUCAUACCGGGAUGUAAUCAGAGACCAUCACACUAUCAAAUUUACAAUAUAUAGUCCAGUCUCCAGAAUGACUCGUCUUGUUCAACAUUUCAAUUUGAUUAGCGUUUCCCAUGUUUCAGGUUUCGAAUAUUAAAACAUUGAGUUUUACUCUGCCUAGUCUCGUCUUUUCUAAGAACGCACACGUGCAUGUAAUGAUGGUGUAAAUAAGUCUACUUAUGAUGCUUUUAUUAAAAUGGUAAUGGAAAUGUUAUUUGUUCUGGUUUUAUUUUUUGUAUCUUAAAUGAGCAUUAAACAAUGAAAAGGUUUAGUGAACCUGGUUCUAGUCGUGUGGUUUGGAUAACAGCAACAUUUCCACAGGUGUAAACAUUUAGUGCGUUUAAAAAGUGGAAUUCUUAAAAAAUAUGAAAUACUUCAAACAAAAC